AUGUUGAAGAUAAUAGGUAGGUACAGCAGAAACAUAGGUGACAUAGGUAGUUACAACAGAAACAUAGGUGACAUAGGUAGGUACAACAGAAACAUAGGUGACAUAGGUAGGUACAACAGAAACAUAGGUGACAUAGGUAGGUACAACAGAAACAUAUGUGACAUAGGUAGGUACAACAGAAACAUAGGUGACAUAGGUAGGUACAACAGAAACAUAGGUGACAUAGGUAGGUACAACAGAAACAUAGAUAACAUAGGUAGGUACAACAGAAACAUAGAUAACAUAGGUACGUACAACAGAAACAUAGGUGACAUAGGUAGGUACAACAAAAACAUAGAUAACAUAGGUAGGUACAACAGAAACAUAGGUGACAUAGGUAGGUACAACAGAAACAUAGGUGACAUAGGUAGGUACAACAGAAACAUAGGUGACAUAGGUAGGUACAACAGAAACAUAGGUGACAUAGGUAGGUACAACAGAAACAUAGGUGACAUAGGUAGGUACAACAGAAACAUAUGUGACAUAGGUAGGUACAACAGAAACAUAGGUGACAUAGGUAGGUACAACAGAAACAUAGGUGACAUAGGUAGGUACAACAGAAACAUAGAUAACAUAGGUAGGUACAACAGAAACAUAGGUGACAUAGGUAGGUACAACAGAACGUUAGAUAACAUAGGUAGGUACAACAGAAACAUAGGUGACAUAGGUACGUACAACAGAAACAUAGAUAACAUAGGUACGUACAACAGAAACAUAGGUGACAUAGGUAGGUACAACAGAAACAUAGGUGACAUAGGUAGGUACAGCAGAAACAUAGGUGACAUAGGUAGGUACAACAGAAACAUAGAUAACAUAGGUAGGUACAACAGAAACAUAGGUGACAUAGGUAGGUACAACAGAAACAUAGAUAACUUAGGUAGGUACAACAGAAACAUAGGUGACAUAGGUAGGUACAACAGAAACAUAGAUAACAUAGGUAGGUACAACAGAAACAUAGGUGACAUAGGUAGGUACAACAGAAACAUAGAUAACAUAGGUACGUACAACAGAAACAUAGAUAACAUAGGUACGUACAACAGAAACAUAGGUGACAUAGGUACGUACAACAGAAACAUAGAUAACAUAGGUACGUACAACAGAAACAUAGGUGACAUAGGUAGGUACAACAGAAACAUAGAUAACUUAGGUAGGUACAACAGAAACAUAGGUGACAUAGGUAGGUACAACAGAAACAUAGAUAACAUAGGUAGGUACAACAGAAACAUAGGUGACAUAGGUAGGUACAACAGAAACAUAGGUGACAUAGGUAGGUACAACAGAAACAUAGGUGACAUAGGUAGGUACAACAGAAACAUAGGUGACAUAGGUAGGUACAACAGAAACAUAGGUGACAUAGGUAGGUACAACAGAAACAUAGGUGACAUAGGUAGGUACAACAGAAACAUAGGUGACAUAGGUAGGUACAGCAGAAACAUAGGUGACAUAGGUAGGUACAGCAGAAACAUAGGUGACAUAGGUAGGUACAACAGAAACAGAGGUGACAUAGGUAGGUACAACAGAAACAUAGGUGACAUAGGUAGGUACAACAGAAACAUAGGUGACAUAGGUAGGUACAACAGAAACAUAGGUACAACAGAAACAUAG